CAAAAAAAAAAUUACAUCUACUAGGUUCUCCACCACAAAACCCUCUUUCUUCAAAAAUAUCAUAUACCCUGUGUCUCUGAGCAUUCUUUCAUCUUCCCUACCAUAAAAAACCUUCUUUUAGAAGAAAUAUCACAUCUGUGAUGUCUUCUUCGUCUCACCCAGCACAAGUACAUGCACAAUCGACUUCAUCACUCUCACUGAGUACAAAUCCAAGAUCAUCGUCGACAACCCAUCUCGGGCUGGCCUCCCUAAUCCGACAAUUAUGACCGGCACCGAUUCAUACCAACAGUUGACACUAAGUUAUGGAUCCUUUUUCUCGUCGUGGUCGUCGUCCACUGCUUCCGCCCAGGUUUGGUGGGAUUGAAAAAGUCCCAACAUGCUUGAAUCGUGAACUGGCUGAAAGGAAGCAUGAAAUUAUACCUCUUGACAGGGUUAUUUUUUUGUCUCUGUGUAUCGGCUUUGAUAGGCAUGGGAGAAUUAACAUGCCUGAUGCAUUCUUUAUCCGACAAUCAUAUUGGUUGAGUACGGUUUGGGGUGUUGUUUGGAUCGUAUUUUGUAGGGAAACAAUGUACAUGCUCUUGGGGAUUCAGCCGACCCAUGGGGGUGCUUUUUUUAGGGAAUCGAAAUUAGUGAAAGAAGGAAUUGGAAUUAUUUCCACUAGAAAAUUAUGAGGUCUUUGGUUUAUAUAUUGUUCAAGGAAUUUGGUGAAAGCAUUAAGGAGUUUAUUAAUGAAGAAAUUGGUGAUGGCAUGUAAGAUGCCAUGCUAUACUUUUUUCCCUGCUUUGUGGACAAAGUAAAAGGUCUAGACUGGGGGUCAUGUACAUGGUGAAAAUCUAAUCCUAACUAGCAAGAGUUUGCAGAAGUCAAGAUCCAUGUAUAGUUUCGUCGAUUGCCUGUGUUGUUCAUAGUUUCAUAACGGCAUUAAUACUACACUUGUCUAAGACGCGUUUGUAGAUCUCAAA